GAGUACAGUUUUGGCUGGUUUAGAGCGCACGCACAUGCGCUGUUAAAAACUUAUUUUUAGUAUAAAUUUUAUAAAAAAAUUUUUCGUUCGUUUUGAGUUCAGUACGAAUUUUUGCUUAAACUAAAAAAACAGUAAUUAAAAUUAUUUUUUUAAUUCAAAUCUUAACUAUAAUAAGAAGUAAACCGGUCCGGUUAAGUGCAAUUUGAGUAAGGUUUACAAAAGGAAAAGCCGCGUCCAGAUAACAACCCACAACACACCAAAAAUUUAACAAAGGAACAAGUUUUGGUUUUAAUAAAAACCGUUUCGGUGAAAGAAGGCUAAAAUAAAAAGAAAAUCCUAAACAAGUUUCAUUUUUGCUGUUUUGUGUUAAAAAGUACAUAUAUAUAUAUAUAUAUUUUUAUACCUUUCUACCUCAAACUACAACUCUCACCCUUGCCAUUAGCGGUCAACAUAAUUCAGUUAUUGCCGUAAAUCUCAAAUGCAAAAUUUCAGUUUAAGUUAAAGAUAUAAACAGACAGCGUCGUUGCAGUAAUUUGCAAAAACUUAUCUAUCUCAAAGCUGGGAUAUAAAACAAACCGCAACGGAAAUACGAAAUAAUUAAAAGACUUUAAUCAACAAUCCAAAAAAUAACUUACGAAAUAAAUUUGAUUUAAUAAAAUGAUACGAAUAAGGAUAUUUGUGAUGCUUGGCGUAGCACUGAUUUGCUUUACGGUAGCAGCAAAUGCAUUUGAUGUUAUGAGUUUACCUCCAAUAGCUGACAAAAAUAUACAAACCGGAAACAGGAUGUUAUAUGAAAAAGAAAUGCUUGAAAAUUCCACACAAGUGGAAAAUUUAAGCAAUGAUUAUCUAAUGGAUGUAAACGAAAUACCUGUGCGAUUUGAUGAGACACAAUUGUGGCGAAUUUAUAACAUAUCGAAUGAUAUGCGAAAUGAAAUGCCAGUAGCAGAAACCUUGGAGAAUAAGUUCGGUGGGGUUAUAUGGAAAGAAAAUUCCAAAUUUUUGGAUAUUUCAAUUGGCAAAGAACAUCUUAAAGCGGCACGUAGUUUUCUCAUUGACAAUCAACUUGAUAGCGAAAUUCUUAAUGGCAAUAUACAAGAUCUAAUCGAUAUGGAACAAUUGGAAGGAGCAGAAGCUACACAAGGCAUUGCUGGACGGCGCAUAAAAAAAGCUGCCCGUAGUGGCAUGAACUGGAAAGACUAUCAGGACUUGGACGUUAUAUAUGCCUUCAUGCGUGAAAUUCGCGGAAAAUUUCCAAAUAUUUGUCGUCUAUACACUAUUGGUAAAACGACCGAGGGUCGCGACCUGAAAGUUUUGAGAAUAUCAGAAAAUCCGCGUGAAUAUAAAAAAAUCUGGAUCGACGGUGGAAUACACGCACGCGAAUGGAUUAGUCCCGCUACUGUCACUUUUAUACUAUACCAACUGAUGUCGAAUUGGGAAAGUCAGCCAGCAGCUAUACGCGAGAAAACCUGGUAUAUAAUGCCAGUGAUGAAUCCCGAUGGUUAUGUCUACAGUCGUACAGUGAAUCGUCUAUGGCGUAAAAAUCGUGCACCAUCAAAACGUUCCAAUUGUCUUGGUGUUGAUUUAAAUCGUAACUUUGAUAUUGGUUGGAAUGGUUUUGGUUCAUCGACAAACCCUUGCAGUGAUACAUAUCGCGGCUCUAAACCUGGCUCAGAAUUGGAAACAGACGCUGUUGUGAAAUUUCUAAGCAAACGUAAAUACAAUAUGGAAGCAUAUUUAACUUUCCACAGUUAUGGACAAGUAUUAGUCUAUCCAUGGGCUUAUAAAGCUGUCAAAGUUAAGGAUUCAGCAGAGUUGCAAAGUGUCGCAAACACGGCAGUGCAACGGAUUGAAGAGAAAACUGGCGCUAUAUAUCGUGCCUCUGUUACACAUGAAAUUUUGGGUAUUGCCGGUGGUGGUUCCGAUGACUGGAGCCGUGCCGCCUUAGGUAUUAAAUAUGUAUACACUGUUGAAUUGCGUGACCGUGGUCAUUUUGGUUUUGUUCUACCACCCGCACAAAUUUUAGACACUGCAAUUGAGGGUUACACCGUUGUCGAGACCGUGGCGCAGGCCAUAGUAUAAAACUAUAUACGAAAUUAUUUGUAUCUAUGCAAUUAAGUUAGAGUUUUUUCAUUUUUCGUAAUAUCUAAGAGUUUCCAGUGUGUUAGUAAUUUAAUGCAUUUUUUUUGUAUGAAUGUGUGUUUUUGUGUGAUAGUUUUACAAUCCAUAAAUUCUUUUUUGGAUUACUUUAACUAAUUUUUUAUUAUUUAAU